CCGAAUUCCAUCUAUCCCAAGAGGAGUCUGAAUGGAGUUGUGUGGCCCCGGUAUGAAGGACAACAGAGGCUCUCUGUGCCAGGUAGAGCAGCUGCCCUACCCCUGUGUCCCCCUGCCUGUCCCAGGAAGUGCUGGGUGCCGUAUACAGGCUAAUAGACAUCUCCACAACCACCACCUCAACCAUCAGCUCCAGUCCUGGGUGAGCCGACCAGCCCCAGACCUAACCUCAACCCCAACUCCAGCCUCCCGACACAGGACCAAUGGGGUGGUGGGUGCCUGGUGCAGCAGCCCAGAGUGUCCAGCCUCCCGCCUGGAUGAAGUGACUGAUCAGGCCUUGAGAGGGGCAGGGAUGGGGACAGGCAGGGUGCUGGUGACCGGGGGAGCAGGUUAUUUCGGGUUGAGGCUUGGGAGAGCUCUGGUCAGCCAGGGAGUGUCUGUGGUGCUGCUGGAUCUUCACAAGCCACAGUGGGAUACUCCAGACGGUACUGUCUUCCAUCAGAGCGACAUCCGGGACUAUGAUUCUCUGUAUAAGAUCUGUGAGGGGGUCGACUGUAUAUUCCACACCGCUUCCUAUGGGAUGUCAGGCCCAGAACAGCUGAGGAAAGAGCAGGUGGAGUCGGUCAACGUCGGAGGGACGAACAACGUCAUUAAUGUGUGUGUGGAGAAGGGCAUCACCAGGCUGGUCUACACCAGUACGAUCAACGUGACGUUUGCUGGCAAACCCAUAGAGGAGGGCGACGAGGACUCAUUGCCCUGUGUGCCCCUGGACAUGCACAUAGACCACUACUCCAGGACCAAAUCUAUCUCUGACCAGAUGGUCCUAACAGCCAAUGGACGCUCACUCAAAGGUGGGGGUCUCUUGCGGACCUGUGUUCUGAGACCCUCAGGCAUCUACGGGCCAGAAGAGAGACGACACCUACACAGGGUUAUGGUGAAUGUGGAGCGCCGGUUGUUCAGUUUUAGCUUUGGAAACCGCCAGGCUAAGAUGAACUGGGUCCAUGUGGACAACCUGGUGUUGGCCCACAUCCUGGCUGCUGAGAGCCUCACACCCAAGAGGAACUGUGUGGCUAGUGGACAGGCCUACUUCAUCAAUGACGGGGAAUCUGUCAACCUGUUUGAAUGGUUAACACCACUGUUUGAGAAGCUGGGGUACAGCCGACCGUUGAUACACUUGCCUGUCUCACUGGUCUAUUCAGCAGCCAUUCUGAUGGAAUGUUUACACCUGGCUCUGAGGCCAAUAGUGGAGAUCCCUCUGCUCUUCACCAGAAAUGAGGUGAGGAACAUUGCAGUGAGCCACACCUUCAAGAUCGAGAAGGCCCGUCGAGACCUGGGCUACUGCCCCAGACGCUACAGCCUGGGGGACUCAGUGGACCAGUACAUACGGUCCCGACCAUCCCGCUCCAGGCCCUCCCCCCUAGGCCCCUCUCGGACUGUUCCCCUGCUCCUGCUGGUGUUGGGGUUCAGCCUGGCUGUCCUCCUACUUUGCUCCUGGCCCUGGGAUCACUAGGUAGCUACUGUGGCUAAAACUUAAGUAACAGCCCACUAAGACCCAACCCAAAUCAAACACAGCUAAUGCACUCACUAAUACGUUUUAUUUGUUAGCCGCCUUUCUGGACACCUAUGGUCUUGGCCUUACAUCAAGCUAAAAGCAAUGAUAGAAAGCAUGCAUAGUGUACAUCUAGAUACACAUAGAAGACCACAUGAAUAUAACACAUACUGUUGACCUAAUGCUAGCAACUCCUCCCUUCUAUAAUGUUUAUCAUGGUAUAUCAUGUUAUCAUACAGUUGACUAAGGCUGUAGAUGGAUGAUUAUCAAAUGUAUAGUAUGUAGAAUAUUUGAAAUAAUAUGGUGCUUUGUUCAAACCCUAUUGCCUUCCAUAGGGCGGAGUAUAUCAUAUCUCUGGGUUUAUUUUCUUGAGAAAGAGGUUCUAAUAUAUUGAACCAGAGAAUCAUAAUGUGAAUACAGUACAGUACAGUACAGACUUAAAAAGUACUACAUGGUAUGACUUUCUGUGAAAUUAGAAAUUUAACAUUUUAGUUUUAGUAAAAAGGAUUCCUCUUUGCAUUGAUGUUUAUA